AUGAAAGAUGGUAAAUCAAAUUGGCUUCAAGAAGAAAUUGAAGGCAUUUAUUUAUGCCUGAUUCGCUUCAGCAAGUUUUUCAUGUAUUAUUUUCUGCUUUCUAUCAUUUGGAAUGUAUUUCUGCAGCAAUGGCAUUAAGAUUAAUUAUAGAUUAAUGCUCUUCCUCUUUUUACGUCUCACCCAGACGAGUCUUCGAAGAUUCGUUUAGUUGCUAGAGAAACUCACUGAAUGUCAGCAUUUCCACCAGAGAUAACUCUACCCGGCUUUCGACCUGGUUUUUAAUGCUGUUUCGGAGCCUUGAAGUAUGCACCUUAGGGCUUGACGGCUGCUGCUUAAGUGACUAAUGUUUUGGCUAGGAUAAAUUCCCUAGCUAUUAUCGGUGCCAACUGUGCCUUCCUUGCCAGCACUAGAGCUAAAAGGCGUUUAUUCUAAAUGCCUAUAGGAGGCACAAAGUCUUCAUUUCUAGAAGAGGGGGGCAAAUCCCAACCGGAACGCAAAUACCCAGUACCAUAAAUUCCAUUUCCUGCUCGGUUUCGCUUCAGGCUUAGCAAGGUUCACAGAUCAGGCAGAGGACUGGCCAGUGUCUCCUCCAUUUUAUUUAUGUUUUGCAGCAAUGGCAAUUUUGAAAGUAUAUUUUUGCUCCAAUAUUUGUAUUUACAGGGCUUAUCACUGUAUUUAUCCGUUAUGCCUCAAAUAAAGAUAUCAAAUACAAAGCAAUUGUAUCAAUAAUAUAUGCUGAAUAUUUCAACUUAUCAUUAAAUUGUAUUUCACUUUAUAUAAAGGAGCAAAAAUCUACUUUGGAAAUUAUCGCCUUACUUAUGGUAACUUUUUUCCAAUUUACUAUGAUAAGAAACAAAUGAAUUUUUAACCUCAUGGUUUUAAAAUUCUUGUAUCUAUGGGAAUAUCAUGGAAUUUUCUUUCGAAAUGAGCAAAGAUCUUUGCCUCUAAAUUCCACCUGUCUCUUCAUUGGAAUUUUAAACUAUGGGCAUUCUCAUCUGAUGAAUAUAGCAUACGAGCGCUAUGCUUAUCGCAAAGAGUUAGAGUCUUCAAGAAAUAGACUUGAUACAAUAACUCAGUCGAUUUCUGACGGAAUUCUUGUUAUUUCUUAUCACAAAGUUUAAUGAAUUUCUCUCUCACAUUCUGUGCGUUGUAAGUCUUCUUUACUUGAGGUUCAGCUACGAUAACAGCUCUGAAAAACGGUAGGUGAACCAGCCUAACCGUCGAAUCGUUAAAGUUAUCAAGCCCUUUCAGACUUCGCUAGUUAGUACCAGCCUCAUCAUUGACCACUUCUCUUCAAGCCGAUACUUUCAAGAAGCUUGACUUCUCUCAUUGAGUUCGGUUUAUGGGUCCUGCCUGGUGGAUCAGGACUAGGGACCAUCCCUAACUGCCAUUUUAAAUAUUGUGUGUCACAAAGUAAUUGAAUUUUAUAAUUCCUACACGAUUAAUUUACUCGGGACGAGCUCCGAAAAUCUUUUCGAGACUUUAUCAAAAAUACAUUAUUGUGAAAAUAAAAAAGUAUCAAAUUUUACCACUACAGAAUUUCUAACAGAUGAUAUUGACUAUCUUUUAGAAAAUUAUGUAAACGAAGAAAUCACGCUUGGAAUCACACUUAUUGGAAAUAAUAACCUGGUAUGAAAAGCGUGCAAAAUUCAAUGAGAAGGAAAAUCUGCACUCUUUUUGACAAUUAAAAAUUCUAAUCAAAUUAUUGAAUUGGAAAAAAAGCUUUCAAAUGGCCAAAUGAAAAAUCUGCUAUUAAGAUCUGUUUCUCAUGAAUUAAAAACUCCACUUAACUCAAUAACAUACUUCACCAAUGACUUACUCUCUAAUUUUCAGAAAGAAGCAAAUGAGUUAGCUAAGUUAUAGUAAAUUUAUCAGGAUUAUAAAGUCCAUCUCUGUGCUAGUUUGCUAGUUGACUUCAGGCUAGAGGUGGCACUAAGUGUCCGUGUCACACAAGGCCCUUUUGUCGAUAACACCAAAAAAGGUUAAUAAUAAGUCUGACGAGCCUUCUUGGUCUAGCUCUACGGCGCAGGCUCCCUUAAUCUCUGGCUGUGUUCAGAGUACGGGGAAGCGCCCUGUAUUAGCAAGCACAUAUUUCUUCAUAGAAGUGUGAGCCGACUCUGCACCUUCGGUCUCGUCCAGAAUAAAAAGCCUUUCAUGGUGUCCUGACUAAGCAAAAACUCAUCUUGGACUUCCAAAGAAUAGGAUCCAGUUUCCUCGGGUUGGGAUCAGCUCUCCAGUCACCCUGUGCCUAUUCAGUGCUUCCAUCUUUCAAAAGUGAAUCAAAUGAAGAAUUUAAAAAGUUAAAAAUUAUUUCUGUUUCUAGCAAGCUUAUGCUUUCAUUAACAAAUGAUUUGCUCGAUUAUUCAAAAAUCUUGGCUGGAUCAUUUUCUAUCCAAAAAAGCUUUUUUAAUCUGCGGGAAAGUAUAAAAAGCAUAUGCGAAUUAUUUCAUUACCAAGCAGAAAAGAAAAAAUUACAGUUUAUUAUUAGACUGGCCCCUGAAUUGCCUGAGUUUAUUUAUACUGACCCAUUGCGAUUCAAUCAAAUAAUUUUAAAUUUGCUAACUCCUCUCCUUAACCAAGACCAUAGGAAAAACCCUCUGUGAGUGAACAAAAAAAUUUUUUCUUAUAAGUAGCAAUUAUUAUAACGAAAUUUUAAGCUAAUUCUGUUGAAUUUUAAACUUCUUCUUCUAUUCUAAAACAUAAAUUUUACGGAUUAAAUUAUAGGAUUUUUGAGUGAAUACCAGUAAACUGGUCUAAUGUUCACAACUAGUCGACUAUACCCAGUCAGAACAGGCAACUGCCCUCAACCAGGAGACCAAUUUACAGGCUUUCAAAAGGCCUAACAGCCUAUAAUAAUUAUUAAUUUACAAUUUUUAAAAAAAAAAGAUUAUUAUCUAAUAAAUGUUUUGCUCGCUCAAGGAGAGGAGUAAGCAAUGCGAUAAAAUAUACAUUGAAGGGGAAAAUUGAAAUCUGCUGCAUUUCAACAGUUGAGAAUAAAUUAAAGUGCUUUGUAGAAGACUCAGGAAUUGGUAUAGAGAAAAAUGCAGCAACUAACUUGUUUAAUUGUACUAGCUGCACAAGUAUUCCAGUCCUCACACCUACCGGCUGCGGGCUUGGAUUGUAUAUAUCGAAUCUUUUAGUGAAAGAAUUAGGAGGCAAGUCAAUUGAAGUAAGCUCAAUUCCUGGAAAAGGCUCAGUAUUUUAUUUUAGUAUUGAUUAUUUUGAAAAUAGUUUUCCUAAUGAAUUUUGCGAUACAAUUGAAGAUUAUGACAAUGAGGAAGCCUCAACUUUUGUGAUGUCUGGCCAAGACUAUAUAGAUUCUUCAGAAAAAGAAGUCCUCAUUGUAGAUGACAAUUAAAAUUUAAUUAAUUAUUUUAAGCGUCUCGUGCCAAUAAAGCUAAUGGGCUUGGCUUUGAAAUAGUGCCAUCACGAGCCAUCCUGAACUUAAAAUGGCGCACAAUGUGGCAGGGAUUCCAAAAAAUUGAACUACAGAUCAGAUUUAUAUCUCACUUGGCACAUAUCUCAUCACCCUCCCUUGGCUCAGUUCCUGCAAGUGUUCCGCCUAAAGGCUAACUUUCUCUAGUGGGCUGACCGUCCCCAAACAAAAAUUUGUUCGCUUCGGAAGUGGUUAAUUUUUUUUAUAAAAAAUCGAUAUUUAAAUUUUAUUAUAAAGCAAUUUGAUCUUUUUUGAGCACUAGCAAAAUUAUUUUACUGGCUGCAAAAUACCAGACUUAUUGAAGUCAGUAAACGAGUUUACUGGUGCACAAAAAUGAGCUAUAAUUUUUUCGAAGUUAUCACUGGUAUAUUAUAAUAUUUUUUCAUAAAAAAUUUUUUUGCUCAAUUAUGGAUUGUUGGUCAAACAAUAGAGAUUUUCCAAUGAUUUUUUCGCCACAGGUGGAAAAUCGAGCAUCUUGAAGCCAUUGGAGCUGUUGAUCCAGCCUAAAGACAUAAAUUAGACCGCUUUUGCUUGGUAUCUCGAUGUAAAACAAAAACCCAUAAUUAAAAUUCCAUGAUGGAAAGAAAAUUAGCAAAGCAUAUUUCUCUCAAACCGAAUACUAUUUUAUUUAUUCUGAUAAUAUAUGACAUGGAAUUAAAUUUAGAAAUUUUAGCAUCAAUAUUAUCAAGAAACUGUAUCACUUAUGAUGAAGCUUUAAAUGGAAAAUGUGCAGUCGAAAAAGUUAUUUCUCAAGACAUGAAAGAUAAGCCUUAUAAAGUAAUCUUAAUGGACUGUGAAAUGCCUGAAAUGAAUGGCUGAGAAGCAGCAAAGACAAUUGAUCAACUUUUUUGUCAAGGAAAACUAAGAACUGCUCCACGCAUAAUAGGAUAUUCUGCAUAUACUUCAGAUGAGGAUAUCAGACUAUGCUUCCAAUCAGGAAUGGUAAAUUUUUUACCAAAACCAUCAACACCUGAUAGCAUAAUCAAGGCGAUUAAAACCCAUCUACAAAGCUAA